AUGCGUGUCUAUCGAAAGUCUCCCCAGCCUCGCAAGGGCGCCCCACUAUUGAUGAUCGCGCCCCCGAACUGGUGUUCCCUCGAAUCGGAAUCUUUCACCCUUCCCCAGCCUAGCCGAGGUUCGACGAGUCAUCUUUUGGAGGGCUGCUCGUUCUGGGUUCUGUAUGCCUGGAGUUGGUGGAAAUCUGCAAUGGAAUCAUGGAUAGGCUUGCACAAACACAGCACCCCGUGCAGCAUAUCCCAACUACAGUACGUACACUAUGUACGGUCCCAGCUGAAGGACCAGGAUUAUAAAGGGUCCAGACUCGAUAUGUAUCUCUACACCGCGCACCCAAACCCUAAAGAAGGUAAUCGUCGAGACCAACCAGCCUCGUCUCAGAUCUAG